CUCCGUUGUGCCGGCACAUAAAGAACAGCACAGUCAGUCAUUGUUAGGUCUAACCCUUCGUCCUCCAAGAAAGCCAAAAUGAGGGAAAUCGUGCAUCUUCAGGCCGGACAGUGCGGAAACCAGAUUGGUGCCAAGUUUUGGGAGGUGAUCAGUGACGAGCACGGCAUUGACCCAACUGGCACAUACCACGGUGACAGUGACCUGCAGCUGGACAGGAUCAAUGUCUACUACAAUGAAGCAUCAGGUGGUAAAUAUGUGCCCCGUGCUGUGCUGGUUGAUCUGGAGCCAGGCACCAUGGACUCUGUGAGGUCUGGACCUUUCGGCCAGGUCUUCAGACCAGACAACUUUGUGUUCGGCCAGAGCGGUGCUGGCAACAACUGGGCCAAGGGUCACUACACAGAGGGUGCGGAGCUGGUGGACUCUGUCCUGGAUGUGGUGAGGAAGGAGGCAGAGAGCUGCGACUGCCUUCAGGGCUUCCAGCUCACACACUCCUUGGGUGGCGGUACAGGCUCCGGCAUGGGCACAUUGCUAAUCAGCAAGAUCCGUGAAGAGUACCCCGACCGCAUCAUGAACACAUUCAGCGUGGUGCCUUCCCCAAAAGUGUCAGACACAGUCGUUGAGCCCUACAACGCCACACUAUCAGUCCACCAGCUUGUAGAAAACACAGACGAGACCUACUGCAUUGACAACGAGGCCCUGUAUGACAUCUGUUUCCGCACCCUCAAACUCACAACCCCCUCAUACGGUGAUCUCAACCACUUGGUGUCUGCCACCAUGAGUGGCGUCACCACCUGCCUCAGGUUCCCCGGACAGCUGAACGCUGACCUGCGGAAGCUCGCUGUUAACAUGGUGCCAUUCCCCCGUCUGCAUUUCUUCAUGCCCGGCUUCGCUCCCCUCACAAGCCGAGGCAGCCAGCAGUACAGGUCGCUCACCGUGCCAGAGCUCACCCAGCAGAUGUUCGACGCCAAGAACAUGAUGGCUGCCUGCGACCCACGUCACGGCCGCUACCUGACAGUGGCUGCCAUCUUCCGUGGCCGCAUGUCAAUGAAGGAGGUUGACGAGCAGAUGCUGAACGUGCAGAACAAGAACAGCAGCUACUUCGUUGAAUGGAUUCCCAACAAUGUCAAGACCGCCGUGUGCGACAUUCCUCCCCGUGGCCUCAAGAUGGCCGCCACUUUCAUCGGCAACAGCACCGCCAUCCAAGAGCUGUUCAAGCGCAUCUCCGAGCAGUUCACAGCCAUGUUCAGGCGCAAGGCUUUCCUCCAUUGGUACACCGGCGAGGGUAUGGAUGAGAUGGAGUUCACCGAGGCAGAGAGCAACAUGAACGACCUGGUGUCCGAGUACCAGCAGUACCAGGACGCCACUGCUGAGGAGGAGGGAGAGUUUGAGGAGGAAGGAGAGGAAGAGCUUGCCUAAAUGUCACUUUCAAAACAAUGCUGCCAAAUCUCGGCAGUGAAAUUUAAUGUUCAAAGUCCUUUACACUUUUUAUUUCCAAAGCUCUGCUGUCAAAAUUGUCGCAGACAGUUUCUGAAAGAGCUUCUGUGAAAUGUAAUGUUCAAAGUCCUUUCCAGUUUUCAGUGUUCUGUCUGCUGUUAAUGUAAUAAAGUUCUUCUGCGUAUUUGAA